AGCAGUUAUGAAGUUUGUUACAAAGUUACUUCCUGGCUGAACCUUGUAUUCUGCAAAAGCUCCUCCAUCUGGUCUCCUGCACGCUGACGGCAGACGCAGACAUGGCCGACAUCCAGGUACAAGAUGGCUGCAUCAGCGCCGCGGGGCAGUCUCUGUUCUACCGUGAGGCGCUUCCAGUGCACCCGCCGUCCUCGCCCUGUCCGCCCGUCCUUCUGCUGCAUGGCAUGAGAUUCUCCUCCCAGACCUGGCAGGACCUGGGCACCCUGCACAAGCUGGCUGCAGCUGGGCAUCGCGCCGUCGCCGUUGACCUACCAGGUCUGGGCCGCUCCUCGGCCGCAGUGGCCCCCAGCCCCCUAGGGGAGCCCGCUCCGGCAGCUUUCCUACAGGCGGUACUGGAGUCUCUGCACAUGGCUCCCGCCGUCCUCAUCAGCCCCUCGCUCAGUGGGAUGUAUUCGCUCCCGCUGCUCCUGCACAGCCCGGAGAGAGUUGCAGCGUACGUCCCCGUGGCGCCCAUCUGCACCGACAAGUUCUCCGCACAGGAUUAUGGCGGCGUGCAGGUGCCGACGCUGAUUGUGUAUGGUGAUGGCGACGCGCAGUUAGGAGAGGUCUCGCUGCGCAACCUGGAGAAUCUGCCCAAUCACCAAGUGUUCUGCAUGAAGGGGGCCGGGCACGCCUGCUACCUGGAUGACGCCGACACCUGGCACCGAGGUCUCCUGGCAUUCCUCGCCAAUCUGAAAUAAAGGGAACUACUGCCCACCGUUUUACAUAAACCCCGGCGUCAGAAUACAGCCCCUCCUACUGCGCUGUGACUCACGCUCCCAGCCAGUGAGAGGGAAAUACACUAAAUAGUCAUUUAAUAUGUACAGAGCUGAAUAAACUCAUCUCGGAGGUG